GGCAGACAGACCGGCAUACACGAUGAGGGCAAAACAAGCCUCUUUUUUCGAUCUCGAAACAGCCCUCGUGUAUCCACCAGGGCGGUCCUUUCGCCCUGCCGCCGGUCUUGCUGUACACCUUGCGACGUGGACGGAUUUUCACGUUCGAAAUCCUUCGUAUUCGCGUUUUUGGCAAUCCGAGAGCCUUGUUUUACUGCGGUCCUGUCGUCGCUCUUGGUUUCGUUGGUGCCUGAGGAUGCCGGUCUGAGUACAUAUAGGUGUAUCCCUGUUAUGGGUCUCUUUUUUCCUUGACUCCUGCGAGCACGGUACCAUUGAUAUUCCCUUUUCCCUCCCUGGGUACAUUGUUCACUAUCUUCUUCCACUCUUUUUCCCCCAAGCAUUUCUUAGACAAUGGCCAACAGCAACAACGCAACCUUUUAUCUGCCCCUCGCCAACUGCACCGAAGUCACCCCCCGGUGCCCGGUCGAGCACUCGAUCUAUGGUUACUAUCCCUCGAUCAGUGCAAAUGCCUUGUUCGUGGCCAUUUUCGCCAUGUGUGGCGCCCUCCAACUCCUCUUCGGCAUCCGCUACAAGACGUGGACGUAUCUGGUCGCCAUGCUGCUGGCCUGCGUCGACCAGGCGCUCGGAUACGUUGGGCGUGUGAUCCUACACCACAAUCCCUUUGACGAGAUCGGGUUCCAGAUCCAGAUCUGCUGCCUGAUCCUGGGUCCUGCCUUCAACUCGGCCGCCAUCUACCUGGUUCUCAAGCACGUCACCCUGGCUUUCGGGCCGCAAUACUCCAAGAUCAAACCGAACUGGUACACGUGGAUCUUCAUCACCGGGGACCUUAUAUCGCUGGUGAUCCAGGCGAUUGGUGGUGGCAUGGCCGCUACCGCCAACGACAACCAGUCCCAGCAAGACAUAGGUGAUGACUUGAUGAUGGCCGGUAUCGCCUGGCAGGUGGUCACCUUGUUCUUCUUCGGCGGCGCCGCAGGGUGGUACGUCUUGAGCCGCUGGCGAGCACGCGAGGAGCCCCUUUCCGCCGAGGCACGGGGGUUUCUGAACGACAGGAAAUUCCGGCUGUUUGUGUACGGGUUCAUCGUCGCGUAUGCGGCGAUCGUGAUUCGGUGCAUCUACCGUAUCGUCGAGAUGGCCGGCGGAUGGGCGAAUCCGGUGAUGCAGUUUGAGCCGGCUUUCAUCGCUCUUGAUGGAUGCAUGGUCAUCAUCGCCACACUGGUCCAGACGGUCUUCCACCCCGGAUUCUGCUUCCCGCGGCUGUCAAGCGCAUACAUCCCACCUCCACCGGUGUCGACCGUGUCGGCGGCUCCCAAGGAGUACAAUCCGUCGAGCGUGCUCUCCACGCCCCCGGGCGAAUCGGUCGAGAUUGAAAGGGAGAAGGGUGCUCGGGAAGAGGCGUGAAAGUUUGCCCGAUACGAAAGUUUUCAUUGCGGAUACCCUUUUUCAUGUUCCUAUUCCUUACGUUGUAUGUCUUCAUGGCAAUAACCUCAAGGUGUUCCGGAGUUGGACAUCCUCCGACACAGAAACGUUAGGAGAAGGCUCGGCGUCGUGACAGGAAAGGAACAAAGGCGAAUGUACAUCAAGAAUUGUACUACAGUCAUACAAUCAUACAAUGGCCACCAUGCGCACUCACAUAGACGAACGGAUCGAUAGAUGGAAUAGACGGCCAUGUACCAAGGAAGGGC